CCACCCCAGUUCCUGAACUACCCUACCAACACGUAUUCCUAUGAGAGUAUGGACAUGGAGCUCGAGUGUGCUGUAACGGGGAACCCUCCUCCCACGGUGCGCUGGAUGAAGAAUGGAGAGGACGUUAUCCCCAGUGACUACUUCCAGAUCGUUGUAAGUCACAUAGAACACAGCCUCUGUGUGCUUGUGUGUGUGUGUGUGUGUGGGGGGGGUUGUAAACCAUGUAAUGCCAUAUAAUGCCAUGCACAUACCCAGUGAAUACUUCCUGACGGUUGUAAAUCACACAAGACACAGGACCAUGAACACCACUCUGAUGACCUUGAAUCAACAGAUGUGACGUUUGAAUUACAGGGGGGCUAGGAAGGCUGGAUACCCCCAAGAGACAAUUUAUACAUCAAAACCCAUUCUGUAACUGUGUAGAAGUCAACUCAAAGAUCUGACUAUUUCAAGAAUCGAUGACAAUCAGCUUUUGAUCCAGAUUGCAUAGAAAAUAGAAACAGCUUACUUUUAAAUGGUAACCCAUAUAUAGCAUACUGCCAUCUAUUGGAUAAUGGCGCCGGAGGGGAUGGCUGCCGUUUUACAGGCUCCUAAUCAACUGUGCUAUGUUGUUAGUUUUUUCGUGUUGUUUGUAACUUAUUUUUUAACAUAUUGUGUAAAUAAUGUUGCUGCUACCGUCUCUUAUGACCGAAAAUAACUUCUGGACAUCAGAACAGCGAUUACUCACCUCGAACUGGACGAAGAUGUUUUAUUUAAUGAGUCCGAUGCGAAGGAUAUACUGCUUUCUCGGGAACGGGUCCGAGUGAGCAAACCUCCACUACCAUCCGUACUAUUGGCCAACGUGCAAUCAUUGGAAAAUAAACUGGAUGAUCUACGAUUAAGAUUAUCCUACCAACGGGACAUUAAAAACGGUACAAUCUUAUGUUUCACCGAGUCGUGGCUGAACGACAACACAAAUAAUAUAAAGCUGGCGGAAUUUUCCAUGCAUCUUCAGGACAGAGCAGCUACGUCUGGUAAGAUGAGGGGCGGGGGUGUGUGUCUAUUUGUCAAUAACAGUUGGUGUCUAAUAUUAAAGAAGUCUCGAGGUAUUGUUCGGCUGAGGUAGAGUACCUUAUGAUAAACUGUAGACCCACUAUCUACCAAGAGAGUUCUCAUCUAUAUUAUUCGUAGCCAUCUAUUUAAAACCACAAACCGAUGCUGGUACUAAGACCGCACUCAACAAGCUGUAUAAGGCCAUAAGCAAACAAGAAAAUGCUAAUCCAGAAAUGGCGUUCUUAGUGGCCGGGGACUUUAAUGCAGGCAAACUUAAAUCAGUUUUACCUCAUUUCUACCAGCAUGUCACAUUACUCCACAUACAGAGACGCAUACAAAGUUCUCCCUAGCCCUCCAUUUGGCAAAUCUGACCAUAAUUAUAUCCUCCUGAUUCCUGCUUACAAGCAAAAACUAAAGCAGGAAGUACUAGUGACUCGCUCAAUACGGAAGUGGUCAGAUGACACGGAUGCUACGCUACAGGACUGUUUUGCUGGCACGGACUAUUUUCCGGGAUUCAUCCAAUGGCAUUGAGGAGUCUACCACCUCAGUCAUCGGCUUCAUCAAUAAGUGCAUCGACGACGUCGUCCCCACAGUGACCGUAAGUACAUAUCCCAACCAGAAGCCAUGGAUUACAGGCAACAUCCGCAUCGAGCUAAAGGGUAGAGCUGCCGCUUUCAAGAAGCAGGACUCUAGUCCGGACGCUUAUAAGAAACCCGCUACGCCCUCAGACGAACCAUCAAACAGGCAAAGCAUCAAUACAGGAUUAAGAUUGAAUCGUACUACACCGGCUCUGAUACUCGUCGGAUGUGGCAGGGCUUGAAAACUAUUACGGACUACAAAGGGAAACCCAGCCACAAGCUGCCCCUGGGCCUACCAGACGAGCUAAAUGCUUUUUAUGCUCGCUUCGAGGCAAGCAACACUGAAGCAUGCAUGAGAGCACCAGCUGUUCCAGACGACUGUGUGAUAACGCUCUCGGUAGCCGAUGUGAGCAAGACCUUUAAACAGGUCAACAUUCAGAUUACCAGGACGUGUACUCAAAGCAUGUGCGGACCAGCUGGCAAGUGUCUUCACUGACAUUUUUAACCUCUCCCUGACUGAGUCUGUAAUACCUACAUGUUUCAAGCAGACCACCAUAGUCCCUGUGCCCAAGGAAGUGAAGGUAACCUCCCUAAAUGAUUACCACCCUGUAGCACUCACGUUGGUAGCCAUGAAGUGCUUUGAAAGGCUGGUCAUGGCUCACAUCAAAAGCAUCAUCCCGGAUUCCCUACACCCACUCCAACUCGCAUAUCGCCCCAACAGAUCCACAGAUGACGCGAUCUCAAUCGCACUCCACACUGCCCUUUCCCACCUGGACAAAAGGAUCACCUAUGUGAGAAUGCUGUUCAUUGACUACAGCUCAGCAUUUAACACCAUAAUACCCACAAAGCUCAUCACUAAGCUAAGGACCCUGGGACAAAACACUUCCCUCUGCAACUGGAUCCUGGACUCCCCCAGGUGGUAAGGGUAGGCAACAACACGUCUGCCACGCUGAUCCUCAACACUGGGGCCCCUCAGGGGUGUGUGCUUAGUCCCCUCCUGUACUCCCUGUUCACCCACUACUGCGUGGCCAAACAUGACUCCAACACCAUCAUUAAGUUUGAUGACACAACAGUGGUAGGCCUGAUCACCGACGACGAUGAGACAGCCUAUAGGGAGGAGGUCAGAGACCUGGCAGUGUGGUGCCAGGACAACAACCUCUCCCUCAAUGUGAGCAAGACAAAGGAUCUGAUUGUGGACUACAGGAAAGGCGGGCCAAAUAGGUCCCCAUUAACAUCGACGGGUCUGUAGUGGAGCAGGUCGAGAGUUUCAAGUUCCUUGGUGUCCAUAUCACCAACAAACUAUUAUGGUCCAAAAACACCAAGACAGUCGUGAAGAGGAACCGAGAACACCUUUUCCCCCCCAGAUCCUCAAAAUGUUCUAGAGCUGCACAAUCGAGAGCAUCCUGACCGGUUGCAUCACCGCCUGGUAUGGCAACUGCUUGGCAUCUGACUGUAAGGCGCUACAUAGGGUAGUGCGUACGGCCCAGUACAUCACUGGGGCCAAGCUUCCUGCUAUCUAGGACCUCUAUACCAGGCGGUGUCAGAAAAUAUUGUCAAAGACUCCAGUCCCCCAAGUCAUAGACUGCUCUCUCUGCUACCGCACAGCAGGCGGUACCGGAGUGCCAAGUCUAGGACCAAAAGGCUCCUUAACAGCUUCUACCCCCAAGCCAUAAGACUGCUGAACAAUUAAUCAAAUGGCCACCCAGACUAUUUACAUUGACACCCCCCCAUUUUGUUUUUACACUGCUGCUACGCACUGUCUAUUAUCAAUGCAUAGUAACUUUUUCCCCACUUAUAUGUACAAAUUACAUUUUAGUCAUUUAGCAGACACUCUUAUCCAGAGCAAUUUACAGUUAGUGAGUGCAUGCAUUAUUUGUUUAAUUUGUUUUCAUACUGGCCCCCCAUGGGAAGCAAACCCACAACCCUGGCGUUACAAGCGCCAUGCUCUACCAACUGAGCUACAAGGGGGCCCGACUAACCUGUACCCCCGCACAUUGACUCGUAACCGGUACAUUAAUGUAUAUAGCCUCGUUAUUGUUAUUUGAUUGUGUUACUUUUUAUUAUUUUUUAUUUUGGUAAAUGUUUUCUUAACUCUUUCUUGAAUUGCAUUGUUGGUUAAGGGCCUGUAAGUAAGCAUUUCACAGUAAGGUCUACAUCUGUUAUAUUCGGCGCAUGUGACUAAUAAAGUUUGAUUUGAUUUAUAAUAACUGUGUUGUAUUUUCCUCUUUAGGACGGCAGUAACCUCCAGAUCCUUGGUCUGGUGAAGUCAGACGAAGGCUUCUAUCAGUGUGUGGCUGAGAAUGAAGCAGGGAACGCCCAGGCUAUGGCCCAGCUCAUACUGAGAGAUCCAGGUAAGAGACAGAGCACUAACCGGGCCAAACCAAGCUAAGGCAUUUCUAUUCUUCUCUGUCUGUGUCUCAGCUCCACCUCUCUCUCUCUCUCUCUCUCAGCUUAA